GGCAUUUAAUCAAUUACUAUUAAUAGGGAUUCAUGAACUUGCAUUGAGUCAAUAAGGAUGGGCGUGUAAAUCAAAAACACCACAUGCCGUGUGCUGAGAGAGCUGAUUUAAAUUGCAAAGUCAUCAAUAUUAUUAACAACAUAGUCGACAUACACCCUUUCAGUUCCAGCAAACUUCACUCUCCAAAUUCAACCUUAGUCCCUUUGUGUUGUUUUUCUGCAUUCUCUAUCAUUUUUAUUUGAUCCUCAGAUCUGAUCUCUGAUCCACAAACUAUGGCUGAAAAGGUAACUAUUAUGAAGUUAAAGGUUGAUCUUGAGUGUGAUAAAUGCUACAAGAAGGUUAAGAAACUUCUAAGCAAGUACCCUCAAAUUCGAGACCAGAAGUACGAUGAGAAAGCAAACAUUGUGGCAAUCAUGGUGGUAUGUUGUAGCCCUGAGAAGAUUAGGGACAAGCUUUGUUGCAAAGGUGGAGGUUCUAUCAAGAGCAUUGAAAUAGUGGAACCACCAAAGCCCAAACCAGCUGAGCCCGAGAAGAAAAAGGAGGCCGAUAAGCCCAAGCCCGCUGAGCCCGAAAAAAAGAAGGAGCCAGAGAAGAAAAAAGAAGGGGGAGACAAACCCAAGCCUGCUAAAGAGCCCGAGAAGCCUAAAUCAGCUGAGCCCGAAAAGAAGAAAGAGGCGGAUAAGCCUAAGGAUGCAGAGAAGCCCAAGCCCAAGCCCGACAGUGAUAAGCCCAUAGAAAAGCUCGUAUCCCAUCCGGUCCCAAUGAUCCCACAAAUGCCACCACCGGUGGCGGUUCCAGUUGGGAUGUGUUUUGCUCCACCAUGCUACGAAGGUAGGCCUAUGGUGCCAUACCCUAAUCAGUAUGGUGGGCCAGUGCUAUGUUACGACGGUUAUUAUGCAAGGCCCGUUUAUGAUAGCUAUGGUGGAGGUGGGCCUUGUUAUGCAAACCGUUGUGAUCAAUAUCUCAGCGAAGAAAAUGCAGCCGGAUGCGCAAUUAUGUGAUUCUUCACAUUAGAAGUAACGUUUCUUUGUUUUUAUUUAUUAAAAUUAUUAUAUUUCAUAGAGGGAUAGAGAAAAAAUGGAGCAGGUGACAAAAUGAAAAGUUAUUUGGUGGUUUAAAAUGUCAAUGAUGUAUACUAUUUCGUUCAUCUUUCGAUGAUUUGAUAAUAAACUUGCGAUCUAAUUUGCAAAGUGAUA